AUGGUGGCGAGAGCCAGCAACGCGACAGUAAGACAGGUGAAAUUUGACGAGUGGAAGCACCAAUUGCAAUGUCAGCCGGGUCGGCGGAACAGGAGGGAAGGCGUCGAAGAUAGAGGUUCGGGAAUACCGACCUCAAGGGGUCGCUCUGAGUUGAUGGGUGCAGGAGAUGACCUUGUGAUGUUGGUGACGAAGGUGUUGCAGAUGUAUCG